CCAUUUUCCUUGUUGUUUCUCUUUCGCCAGGAUAUUUCAACAAACUUGGAUACAUGCAUUUUGAACAAAUAUUCACAAUAAUCACUUUAAAGGCCCACCUUCCCUUUAUUGAAGGAGAAGGGAUAUUUAUUUAAGUUGUUUGUUUCGCUUUCUGAGGAAAGUUCCUGAUUAGGCGACCAUGUACAUCAAACAGGUCAUCAUCCAGGGGUUCCGAAGUUACAGGGACCAGACUGUGGUGGAUCCUUUCAGUCCAAAGUCCAAUGUCAUCGUGGGAAGAAAUGGAUCUGGAAAAAGUAACUUUUUCUACGCCAUUCAGUUUGUGCUCAGCGAUGAGUUCAGCCAUCUUCGCCCCGAACAGCGCCUGGCCUUGCUCCAUGAGGGAACUGGUCCUCGUGUCAUCUCAGCUUUUGUGGAGAUUAUAUUUGACAAUUCUGACAACAGGUUGCCGAUCGACAAAGAGGAGGUGUCCCUCCGCCGUGUCAUCGGCGCCAAGAAGGACCAAUACUUCUUAGACAAGAAGAUGGUGACUAAAAAUGACGUGAUGAACCUCUUGGAGAGUGCUGGUUUCUCCCGUAGUAACCCCUACUACAUCGUCAAGCAGGGGAAGAUUAACCAGAUGGCUACAGCCCCUGAUUCCCAGCGUCUGAAGCUGCUGCGUGAGGUGGCAGGAACCAGGGUGUACGACGAGCGCAAGGAGGAGUCCAUCUCCCUCAUGAAGGAAACGGAGGGUAAGAGAGAGAAGAUCAAUGAGCUGCUAAAGUACAUUGAAGAGCGUCUCCAGACCCUGGAGGAUGAGAAGGAGGAGCUGGCUCAGUACCAGAAGUGGGACAAGAUGAGGAGGGCUCUGGAGUACACUAUCUAUAACCAGGAGCUCAACGAGACACGCGCCAAGCUGGAUGAGUUGUCCUCUAAGAGAGAGACCUGUGGAGACAAGUCCAGACAUCUGAGAGAUGCCCAGCAGGAUGCCAGAGACAAAGUAGAGGAGACGGAGCGUGUGGUGCGUGAGAAGAAGUCUAAGAUCAGUGCCAUGAAGGAGGAGAAGGAGCAGCUGAGCUCAGAGAGACAGGAGCAGAUUAAACAGAGGACCAAGCUGGAGCUCAAAUCCAAAGACCUGCAGGAGGAGCUGGCCGGCAACAGCGAACAGAAGAAACGUCUGCUGAAGGAGCGGCAGAAGCUGCUAGAGAAGAUAGAGGAGAAGCAGAAGGAGCUGCAGGAGACUGAGCCCAAGUUCAACACUGUGAAGGAGAGGGAGGAGAGGGGCAUCGCCAGACUGGCCCAGGCCACCCAGGAGAGAACAGACCUGUACGCCAAGCAGGGCCGUGGCAGCCAGUUUACUUCUAAAGAGGAGAGGGACAAGUGGAUCAAGAAGGAACUCAAGUCCCUGGACCAGGCCAUCAACGACAAGAAGAGGCAGAUUGCUGCCAUCCAUAAAGACCUGGAGGACACUGAGACCAACAAGGAGAAGAACCUGGAACAGUAUAGUAAACUGGACCAAGACCUGAAUGAGGUGAAGACCAGGGUGGAAGAGCUGGACAAGAAAUACUACGAAGUCAAGAAUAAGAAGGACGAGCUGCAGAGCGAGAGAAACUAUCUGUGGCGGGAGGAGAACGCUGAGCAGCAGGCCCUGGCAGCCAAACGAGAGGAGCUGGAGAAGAAACAACAGCUCCUUAGAGCAGCCACCGGCAAGGCCAUUCUGAACGGUAUUGACAGCAUCAACAAGGUGCUGGAGCAUUUCCGCAGAAAGGGGAUCAACCAGCACGUCAUCAACGGUUACCAUGGCAUCGUCAUGAACAACUUUGAGUGUGAGCCCGCCUUCUACACCUGUGUGGAGGUCACCGCGGGAACCAGGUUGUUCUACCACAUAGUGGAGACAGACGAGGUGAGCACCAAGAUCCUGACGGAGUUCAACAAGAUGAACCUGCCUGGAGAGGUCACCUUCCUGCCCCUCAGCAAGCUGGACGUCAGGGACACCGCCUACCCUGAGACCAACGAUGCCAUCCCCAUGAUCAGCAAGCUGCGCUACAGCCAGCAGUUUGACAAGGCCUUCAAGCACGUGUUUGGAAAGACCCUGAUCUGUCGUAGCAUGGAGGUGUCCACCCAGCUGGCCAGGGCAUUCACCAUGGACUGUAUAACUCUGGAGGGUGACCAGGUGUCCCACCGCGGGGCGCUGACAGGGGGUUACUAUGACACCAGGAAGUCACGUCUGGAGCUGCAGAAGGACAUGAGGAAGGCUGAGGAGGAGCUGGGAGAACUGGAGGCCAAACUCAACGAGAACCUCCGCAGGAACAUCGAACGUAUCAACAAUGAGAUCGACCAGCUGAUGAACCAGAUGCAGCAGAUUGAGACCCAGCAGAGGAAGUUCAAGGCCUCCAGAGACUCCAUCCUGUCUGAGAUGAAGAUGCUCAAGGAGAAGAGGCAGCAGUCCGAGAAGACUUUCAUGCCGAAGCAACGUUCACUGCAGUCUCUAGAGGCCAGUCUCCAUGCCAUGGAGUCCACCAGGGAGUCUCUGAAGGCUGAGCUGGGGACAGACCUGCUCUCUCAGCUCAGUCUGGAGGACCAGAGACGUGUGGAUGACCUCAACGACGAGAUCAGACAGCUGCAGCAGGACAACAGGCAGCUGCUGAAUGAGAGGAUCAAGCUGGAGGGGAUCAUGACCAGGGUGGAGACGUACCUCAACGAGAACCUACGGAAACGCCUAGACCAAGUAGAACAGGAGUUGAAUGAGCUGAGAGAGACUGAGGGAGGCACCAUGCUCACAGCCACCUCCUCAGAGCUGGAGGGAAUCAACAAACGCAUCAAAGAUACACUGGCACGCUCAGAGGACCUGGACGUGUUGAUUGAUAAGGCGGAGAUUGAGGUCAAGGACCACGCCAAGAGCAUGGACCGCUGGAAGAACGUAGAGAAGGAACAGAACGACGCCAUCAACCAUGACACCAAGGAGUUGGAGAAGAUGACCAACCGACAGGGCAUGCUGCUGAAGAAGAAAGAGGAGUGCAUGAAGAAGAUCAGGGAGCUGGGGUCCUUACCACAGGAGGCCUUCGAGAAGUACCAGACCCUCACACUCAAACAGCUGUUCCGUAAGCUAGAGCAGUGCAACACAGAGCUGAAGAAGUACAGCCACGUGAACAAGAAGGCCCUGGACCAGUUUGUCAACUUCUCUGAGCAGAAGGAGAAGCUGAUCAAGCGCCAGGACGAGCUAGAGCGAGGACACAAGUCCAUCAUGGAGCUCAUGAACGUGCUGGAGCUCAGGAAGUACGAGGCCAUCCAGCUCACAUUCAAACAGGUGUCUAAGAACUUCAGUGAGGUGUUCCAGAAGCUGGUUCCAGGGGGCAAGGCCACCCUGGUGAUGAAAAAGGGUGACACGGAGGGGGGUCAGUCCCAGGACGAGGGGGAGGGGGGCACCGACAGCGAGAAGGGCUCAGGCUCUCAGAGCAGUGUGCCCUCUGUAGACCAGUUCACCGGAGUCGGCAUCAGGGUGUCGUUCACGGGGAAGCAGGGGGAGAUGAGGGAGAUGCAGCAGCUCUCUGGAGGUCAGAAGUCCCUGGUGGCCCUGGCCCUCAUCUUCGCCAUCCAGAAGUGUGACCCCGCUCCUUUCUACCUGUUUGAUGAGAUCGAUCAGGCCCUGGACGCACAGCACAGAAAGGCUGUCUCGGAUAUGAUUGUAGAGCUGGCGGGCCAUGCCCAGUUUAUCACCACUACGUUCAGACCUGAGCUUCUGGAGUCAGCCGACAAGUUCUACGGAGUCAAGUUCAGAAACAAGGUGAGUCACAUUGACGUGAUCUCUGCAGAGCAGGCGAAAGACUUUGUGGAGGACGACACUACCCAUGGUUAAGAAUAAACAACUCUUCAUCAUCUUCCUCAUCCACCUCCGUAGUGCACUGCCUAACUCUGAGCCUUCAGUCCUCUCCACUCCGACAGAACUCAACCAGAACUCUAUGGUCAGCCAUUAUUGGAAUCUAUUCUCAUUCUAGCGUCAGAACUCCCAGGUCCAUCGUCUAGCGCUCAGUAGCUCCACCACUGUUCCCUCCUCUAUGACAUCGUUAUGACGACAUCCAUCAUCUAGCGCUCAGUAGCUCCACCACUGUUCCCUCCUCUAUGACAUCGUUAUGACGACAUCCAUCAUCUAGCGCUCAGCUCCACCACUGUUUCCUCCUCUAUGACAUCGUUAUGACGACAUCCAUCAUCUAGCGCUCAGCUCCACCACUGUUUCCUCCUCUAUGACAUCGUUAUGACGACAUCCAUCAUCUAGCGCUCAGCUCCACCACUGUUUCCUCCUCUAUGACAUCGUUAUGACGACAUCCAUCAUCUAGCGCUCAGCUCCACCACUGUUCCCUCCUCUAUGACAUCGUUAUGACGACAUCAUCGUCUUAGCGGCCGAGGAGGGAAAAUACAAGUUCAUUUUGUUUUUUUCUGGACUGUUUUUAUUUUAUUUUUAACAACGUUUUCAAGUGGUCAUGUUGAUGUUUGAGAUGAGGGUUGAAUUUCAGUGCUGGCGCAGCCUUUGACCUCAUUGUAUGUAAUGGAAAAUUUAGAACUUUUCAGAUUCAAAUGCAUGUUAUUUUUUUCAUUUGAAACUGUUGGUCUGUGCUGGUGUUGUGCUGAUGAUUUUUCAUCAUAAAUUGGUUGGUCACUUUGAAUCUCAAACUGUGAGGUAAAGUGAAAGACAGAAAUAAUAACCAGUUUGUCAGAAUAAUCUUCCAUGUUUAAGAUAUGACAUAUUAUUAACUUGUUGUAACGUCGUUACCAGAAAAAUGGUUUGUAACAUUCAGAUUUUUUUUUAAAUUCUUUCUUUUUGUUAACGGCGUCUUGGCAUUCCCUGUUGUAGGUCAUUGUCUUGUAACCAGUUAGUGCUUCACUGACUGCAGCAUUUGAACUAGUUGUUCUCUCCCUGUUACUCUAUUAGAAAACAAUAAAAAUCGUAUAAGGACAUUUCCUGAA